AUGAGCUAACCGGAUGUUGACAUAAACGCUCACAUUGCCGCACGUUCAGUUUAUUGUUUUAUUUUCUUUAAACUGGUGUAGUUUAGAUUUCUGGAAAGAAAACGCUCUGCAAUAGUUCAAGAUGUCCGCGUCGUUGAUCAGGAGGGGACUGGAGCUGCUGAGCAACGACAUUAAAAGCGAAAAUAAGUCGAAGAAGAAGAAGCAGCAGCAGGCGACAACACCCAGCUCAGCGGCAGCGAUGGCGCUGGUGAGCACCAACCGCCAGGGCGUCACCCGGCAGGUGAAGAGGCUGCAGGGACGGCUCGGAUCCGGCAAGAGCAAAGCGACGGUCAAAGACAAGCGGAUCAAGUGCACCCUGGAUGAUUUCAGGAAGCAAAAGGAGAAAAAUCAGAUGGAGGCCAACCUCAGAUAUUUCAUGAGAACGGGCAUUAAGGCAACCGAUUCGGACACCUUGAAGAUCCAGAAAUACAACGUGGGAAGACAAUCCCGCGAUCGCCCAGACCAGCCUGCUGCUCAAAAGCCCAAAGAGACCAAGUCCGUGUUCACGGAGGAGGAGUUCCAGCAGUUCCAGAAAGAAUAUUUUGGCCGGACUGUGGAAGAAAAGAAAAAUUAUUCCCCCAAAAAACACUGAACCCUCGGAAUAAACAGCACAUUUUUUUUUUUUUUAGGACUACUUUUUGUUUAUGUUUGACUUAAACUUGCCUAUAAUAAAAAUGUC